UUCAACCAAACAUCCACUCAACCACAUCAUCGACCAACCAAAAAACAAACAACCAACACCGCCAACAUGACUGACGCCGGACGCAAGGAUCUCUCCGACAAGAUCUCCGACAAGGCCACCCCUGACCAUUCCAAGUCCACCAUGGACAAAGUCGGCGACUCCAUCACCGGCACCGCGGACAAGGCCGGCCGUGACCUCGUGCCCGACAGUCAAAAGUCGACCACCCAGUCCAUCGGCGACAAGGCCAGCCGCGAGAAGGACCACGCGAAGGGUGACGAGUCUGUCCUCGACAAGGCCAAGAACGCCAUCGGCAUGAACAAAUAGAUGUCGUCCCGACGACAUCUACUCCUCACACACCACCUCGACUUCGAUUCACCUGACAACCAUGGCAUGAGAACUGAGGAGCUUGGAGGAUUGUGCAGGAAGGCGGUACAGAGAUACGACGCAACGAUACCACCCUGAGGGGAACAAGGAGUUUUUGAGAUUCUGGGGCAGAUACCACGGCAUGACCUACGUAUCCUGAAAUCAAGUCCGAGUUGACUGCA